AUGUGGCAAGCAGCCUUGGAAGAUCUCAGUCUGCGCGCUGCGCGCGCUGACCUGGUGGACUUUACGAAGGUUGCUGCCAGCUGCCAGUGGCCUUGGGCUUUACAACUCUGCCGGGAGACGAAGAGACGUGGCCUUCGGCAAGAUGUGGUGUUCUGGGGUGCCAUUGCCCGCUCCAGCUGGAUCUUGUCUGUGCAGAUCCUGGGGUCGGUCGCGGCCAUGCAGAUGGAGCCCAAUCUCAUCCUGUUGAACGUGGCCACGAAGAACUCCUCAUGGCCGGCGGCUUUGUGGCUGGCCGCGGAGGCUGGAGAUGCAGCCAAUGUCAUCACCUACAGCUCCAGCAUGAGCACCUGCGGCACAGAAUGGCCUGUUGUCAGCUCUCUGCUGUUGUCAAUGCGAGAAGUCUGGGUGCAGCCGACAUCGAUCACCUUGAACACAUGGAUCACUUCGCUGGAACACAGAAACUGGGACUGGGCCUUGCUCGCGUUGAGUGAGGUUCAGAGACAGGCCGUUGACGUGAUUUCUUUCAAUGCAACCAUCAAUGCUUGCGAGAAGAAGCAGGAAUGGCAUUUUGCCUUGGCGUUGCUAGGCCAUGUCAAGGAGGAUGGGCUGGAAGCGAGUCAGGUAACCUUGAACAGCGUGCUCAGUGCUUGCCGUCGCCGCUGGGAGCAUGCGCUUCAGCUCGAGCGCCACUCCGAUGUGAUCAGCCUCAAUGCCAUGAUCAGCGCAUGUGGAAUGGCAGCCGACUGGCAGCGAGUUGGCGAGAUGCUUUCGAGCGGAAGGCAUCAAAGUGUGGAGCGUGAUGUGGUUUCCUUUAACGCCAGUAUCACAGCAGCUCAGAGGAGCGUUCGAUGGAUGCAAGCCUUGCACUGGUUGGCAGCUGUUCUUGAAGAAGCCUCCGUGAUUUCUUACAAUGCAGCCGUGAGUGCCUGUGAGAGUGGAUUUCAGUGGUCCAGCGCGACCAACUUGGUGAACGCUUUGAAGGUGCGUUGCUUGGAGGCUGACCAGAUGACCACCAGCUCCAUGGUGAGUGCUACUGGGAAAGCCCAACAAUGGGAACUUGCUGUCCUGGCCUUGCAUACUGGCAGAGGCUCCUCUGUCGGCUACGAUGCAGCCAUGCGAAGCGCGCCCUGGCAAUGGGGUGUUGGUCUUUUAUGCCAUGGCCAGGAGGCUGAAUUGACGCUGGAUGUCACCAUUUACGAAGCGGUGGUGACCGCCUGUGAACAAGGCAGUGCGCCCCGUCAGUGCCUUCAGCUCUUGAGCCGAGUGGAGCAGGAGAUCUCCUUCUGCAUGCAUCAUUGCUGA